AUGCGGAUCAGGCUUCUAGCUGCUCAACAUCAGCAUCUGACGCAUCCUCAGCAAGCUCGACCCCAACCUCCUGCACCGCAACCUCCGCACAUGCAGCCCAAUACGCCGGCUCGCGAUCAGAAUAACAUCGAUCCUGCCAUUUCAGGCGCUACCAUGCUGACCGGUCCACCCCAAACUCCCACCCAGCCUGAUGUAACUGGCCAGGAGACCCCGAAAACCUACGGCAAACGGCCGUUAUCCACCUCGAAACGCGCCGCACAGAACCGUGCUGCGCAGCGGGCGUUCCGUCAGCGGAAGGAAGCGCACAUCCGGGAGUUGGAAGGCAAGGUGAAGGCAUACGAGAACAUGGGAGAAGCGAUCAAAGCUCUGCAGGCGGAAAACUACCAGCUCCGGGAGUACAUCAUCAACCUGCAGUCUCGCUUGUUGGAUUCUCAAGGCGAGGUUCCGGAGCUGCCUGGCAACAUCGACCUGAGUCAACCGCGGAGUGAAAUUCCUGUGCCUCCUAUUCCAAACUCGGGGACGACCACCACUGCUGCCCCUCCUCCGACUGCACCCCAGCAACCCCAACCUCCUCACGCUCAAGCCCCCACAUCGAAUGACGAUAUGAACUCCUUGAACCGCAUAGCUGUUGCCGGGCUUGGAAUGCGCAAACCUCCUACCGAAGAGGCAAAUUAUCUCGGCAACAACUUUCAGGCACAGGCAAGGCGCGUCCGUCCUGAUGAAGGACAAACCGAAGCUUCGGAACUGCCCAAGCAGGAACAAACACAUGGCCUCCCGCUCAUAUCAUAG